CGCCAGCUCCAGUGUGUGAGAGCGCCCGGACAUGGCCGGACCGACAACCGCGCUGCUUCUCGUGAUCGCCGCCGCGGCGCUGCUGCUGGGGACCGCCAGCGGGCAGUCGCCCGGCCGCAGGACCCCCGGGGGAGGCGGGCGCCCCAAGGCCACCUCGACCACGCCGCCAGCCGACGACGACACGACCGACGAGUGCCCCGAGCCCAACGGCUACUUCGCCGACGCCUACCAGUGCGACAAGUACUACGCGUGCACGGACGGCGUCAUCGACGAGCGCCUCUGCCCCGACGGCAUGGUGUUCAACGACUUCAGCCCGCAGCACGAGAAGUGCGACCUGCCCUUCAACAUCGACUGCUCGCAGCGGCCCGAGCUGCAGGAGCCCCAGCCGACGCUGCACUGCCGCCGCAAGAACGGCUACUUCCAGCACGAGGAGCAGAACGUGUGCGACAAAUUCUACUACUGCGUGGACGGCAAGUUCAACAUGAUCACGUGCCCCGACGGCCUGGUCUACAACGAGAAGACCGGCAUCUGCACGUGGCCCGACGAGGCCAAGAAGAAGGGCUGCACCUCCGAAGACGUGUUCAAGUUCACGUGCCCGAAGGUGAGCAUGGCGGAGGGCCAGCAGCACCCGCGGUACGCCGACCCGGACGACUGCCAGUUCUUCUACGUGUGCAUCAACGGCGAGGUGCCGCGGCGCAACGGCUGCAAGAUGGGCCAGGUGUUCAACGACGUGACGCACAACUGCGACUGGCCCAGGAACGUGCCUGAGUGCAAGGACUGGUACAAGGGCAUCCUGACGGACGAGCAGUUGGCAGCCCUGGAGAACCCCAAGCCGAGGCCCAAGGCGUCCGACGGCGUGUACAAGACGAGGAACGGCGGCCGGAAGCGGCCCGCGGAGACCUCCGAAGAAGCGUGAUGCGUCCUGCCCCCCUCUACUACCCUCUGCAACCCCGCCCGAGCAACUCCAGGUCCACAGGGUGCGUCGCGCAAGGAAAAGGCUACCGUUCACUGACCCACCCGAUCGGUUCCCCGAACUUAACCGCUCGUGCAACUUUGCCCUGCAGUCGGAAUAAAUUAUCAAAAAAAAAAAAAAAAAAA